AUGCCGAAAACGUUUACGCAAGAGCAAGACUUUGCUCACCCAUGGCACGAGACCGCAAAUGCUGUAUGGAACAAAUAUCCCAAUCCGCACGCAGACCACGUGGUCUCAGUGGACGUCCUCUCCCAAUCACUCGAUCCAACAACCGGCGCGCUGCGCACAGAACGCAUCAUUGGCGUCCAACAAGGAGCGCCGGGCUGGCUCAAACGCCUGGUCGGGGCGAGCGACGACACCUACGUUCGCGAGGUCGUGAUGGUCAAUCCCUUCACCCGCUCGUUCGAGAUGACAAGCACAAAUCUCAGCUUGACAGACUACAUGCUCGUCAAGGAGUACAUCACGUACUCGCCUAGGGAGACGGGGACGGUGUUCAGGCAGGUCGCUGACAUCGGGUGCACCAAGUUCUUCAGCGGCAUGCUGAGCUCGGCAGGGAGAAAAGUCGAGGAGUGGUCACAUACAAGGUAUGGGGAUAACGCCGCAAAGGGGAGAGACGGGUUGCAGAGCGUAUUGGAUUCGUUGUACGGGAGCAAGCCAUGA